UUAAUAUGGAGUACAAAGUAAUUCUAAUUCCAAUUCACGUAGAAUCGGGUCAAAUUUCAAAAAAGACGCGGAUCCUUUCCGGGUCAAAAGAGAAACGGGUCAUAUAAAAACAAAAAUUUUACUGUUCGUUUCUCUUUUCCCCUCUCCCUCUUCGCGUGCCCUAGCCGCGCUCUCUCUCCCUCUGCAAUUGCCUUCUCACUCUGCAUCUGCAAUUGACGCUAAAAAAUCUAACUCUGGAUUUGGUGUGUUUGCAAGCUCCUUUUUCGAACAAUCCCUGUUGCUUUCACUUUUCCCUUGCUCAUCUUCCAAUUCCUGUUUCAGUUCAAAUUAAAUUGGUGUGUUUGUAUCCUGUAACUUAAUAGAGUUUAUGUAAAUAAAGAGAGUUCAACAUUCUCUACGGUUAUGUAUGUGUCAAUUGCCAAGGAUUUGAAUCUUGUUAAAAAAUUUAAAAUCAGACACCAUGGCUUCUUUGCUGAGCCCACCUCUGAAUUUACCCCUCAACAAGACAUAGGAAUUUAACCAAGGAAAAUUCUAGAAGUGGAUCGGGCCAUCGCGGGUGAUGGUGAGCUCGCCUCUGGUGCCGAGGGUCAGCAUGGGAUUGGAGUUUUUAAGGAAAGGGUCGUCCCGGUUGGCAAUCCACACUGCAUUGUGAUUGAUAGGAGCGGACGCACCGCGGUUGAACACGAUUGCUAUGUAAAUGUUGUCUGUGGAUUGAUUGAAUUCAGGGGUGUAGAAGCGUAGGGUGAAGAGGCCGUUGGGUGAAUCCAGUUGAAAGGAUGCGUUCAGAGUGUCGAUGGAGGAAACUUUGAUGAGCAGAAAGAGCAACACACAGGAACACUGCAAAAUUGAUCUGGAUGAAGUUUUGGGAGUCUGCAUCAUGGGGGUUUGGAAAUGAUGAGGAUUUGCCAGAAUCUUUGGUUAAAUUCCUAUAUCUGAUUCUAGAACUUGUAGAAGGGCGAGCAGGAUGUUGUUUGAGCUUGAGCUUGAGCUUGAGCCCACAAAUGUGGGGAACUAUGUGCUUCUUGUUGAGAUAUAUGCGGAAGGGGAAGAUGUGAAGCGAGUAAAGAAGCUGUUGGAAGAGAAGGGGCUGCAGAUUGUACCAGAUGCUGCUGGAUUGAUGGUGUACUCGAUUAGGUCUUUGGACAAGCUGAAUCCUCAAAUCAAGAUCCAUGGUUUGGUGGUGAAGCUGUUGGAGGAGAUGAUGGAGCAGUGGUAUGUGCCGGAGAUAAAAGCGGUGCUGUAUGAGCUUGAUACUGAGGAGAAACAACGGGUGCUGUUGGGGCACAGUGAGAAAUUGCAGUAGAGGAGAGACCAUAAGGAUUAGCAAGAAUCUGAGGUUGUCAAAGAUUGUCACUCAUUCACCAAGGUCAUGUCCAAGUUUGCAUAUCGAGAGAUUAUGGUUAUGGAUAUUAAUCGGUUCCUCCAUAUAUAUAACUAUUUUGUAUGUUGAUGAUAAUAAUUUAUUAUCAUUGCUUGAUUAUUUUAUAUUACUAUAGUAGUAUUUGCUUUUGUGAUAUAAUUAUUGUAAUGAAAAUUUUGAAUUUUAGAGCAUGUGACAAAAGAGUAAAAUUUAAUAUUUA